GAUUUGCUGCUGUGCCGUCUGCUCCUAAACUGAGGCAGGGCGGGCUCCUUCUGUGCGAGUCCAAGGAUGUUGUGAGCAUGGGGCAUUCCGGAAGCCCCAGUUUGGCAGCCUGGGAUGCACUCAGAUGACUAGGGCUAACUAUUCUUAAGUUGGCAUCUUUUUACAACUCAGGCCAGCCGCUUUUCUACCGUCCUCCGUGGCAGGGCUCGCAUGCACCACGCGACCCCGUGACUCCUUGGCAUGGAUCGUUUGGAAAGGUCUGAAGCGGAGAUGGAACACUCUUGGUAGUGGGAAAAGAGAAAAGGAAGACAGAUUGAGAUUUUUCAUGUUGACAAAAAGUAGCUGCUAUGAUUUUCCCGGCAACGUGGACAGGGGCCAAGCGAAGCUGAACUGGACAUGGUCCUUCGUCCAGUUUUUCUUUGUCGUCGGCGACUUUGCCCCCGGCCCUUCCUGGUGGGCCUGGGGGUGGCGAUCUGUCUCUUCUUCCACACCCUCCCGCUCAGAGGUCCUGGGAGGCUCCCCGCCGCGGUCCCUGCGGCUGCCCCCGCCUCGCCCCCCCAAGCCAGCAGAUGCAAGCAAGGAGGACACCCCUCGGACCGGCAGUGCUUCCUUCUCUCCGACAGCGCCCAGGAACGCAGGAAGAUCCAAGAGGCUAUUGAGGCACAUUUUGGCAGUCGUGGCAGGAGGGCCAUGCUCUACAGGCCUCCAUCCUACAACCAACGGGAGCUGCAGGUCUACCAGCACAUCCUCACCCAGCAUGGCUACACAGCCGUCUCUGCUGAAGCCAAGUUCCCUGCCGGCCUGGGGCUCGGGCUGCUCCACCAAGGUGAUUUGGGCUCUGUGGAUCUGCUCAUUUGCCUGUCUUCUAGGAAAGCCGACGGGCACCCCUGUGUAUCCAAGGAAGACAUGUGCCGGCUAGGCCCUCAUCAGAAGGUAAAUGUAAUACCAGAGGUACAGCACCAUAUUUGCAGAAAGAAAGGAUUAUGUCAAAUAAUGAGAAGAUUUCCAGAAUUGCGACUUCCUGUGAGUCCUUCUGUGUGCCUGGAUCCAGAAGUGCAAUCCCAGCCAAAUACUUCAAGUCACCUUUUAAAACCAGGGAAGCCACAUACAUGGAAACCGGGGGAAUGGAGACAUGAGCUGCUGAAUCAAACAACAGCCCUCGCUCCACACGAAACAAUCUUCAGAGCUCAAGAUCUCUCCGUGAUUCUGAAAGCAUACGUGUUAGUGACAUCCUUAACCCCUUUGCGCGCAUUCAUUCAUUCAACGGGUACAGUUUGGAAUCCGCCAAAGAAAAAGCGCUUUACUGUCAAGCUGCAAACAUUUUUUGAGACAUUCCUGAGGGCCAGUUCCCCUCUUCAGGCUUUCGACAACAUGAAGGAAGCAAUUAGCAAACUGCUCCUGGCGGCUGAUGUAUUCAGCGACACUUCCACUGUGGGACCAAAGACCAACAGAUGCAGAUCAUGUUUUCAACUUGUAACUUUUGAUAUUGGCUAUAGCAGUUUCAGGCACCCUGUUGUGCUCCAGGUACACGACUAUUUAAACUUUCAAGACGAUGCUAGUGUGGACUUCGAGGACCAAAACACGAAAGAAACUCUUUUACGAGACACUUUCGAUUUUCUCUUCUCCAACGAAUCUUCACUUUCUGUGUUUCCUGAGAUAUUUCAAAAACUUUAUAGAUCAGGUGUAUUUAAGGGUGAAAACUCUCAUAAGAAACGAAAUCAAUGCUUGCCUUUGGAGGAAAUUAACUCAAUUAUGACUUUCAUAGAGGAACUUGGGAGUCUGGGACAAUUCCAGCUGCUCUUCCCAUCUACUGCUCCUGGGAUUCAGUCUGUGAUGCAUGAAGUUUAUGCUAUGGCAAGUCCUCUGGGGAAACCUGGCUCACUUUUGAACCAAUACUUGUCUCUCUUAAGUGUAUUUGAACCACUUCAGCUCAUGAAUAAAAAGGCACCGCUACAUCUAGUGGAACGGAAUCAUUUUACAGAGAAUGAGAGCAUUGGAAAACCGCAAGUGCCUUUGGAUGCAAUUGAAAAUAAAAAAGUGCCACAAAUUAUGAAUGCAGAUACAGAAACACAUUGCAAUCAUGAUAAAGAAACACUAUGUCACAUCCAACAGAUCUUCACGCACCCACAUUUGGAACUAAAUCCUGAAUUUAACCCCAAGAUCAAAGAUUAUUACUCAGAAGUUCCAUUUGAUGUGGUAACUGUGACGAUUGGAGCAGAGACUUCUAAGUGUCGGUGCAAGGUGCACCUGCAUGAGCGGACAGGGCCAAGCUUUGCCAAGUAUCCUCUGGGGUUAGGAAUGAACAAAAUCUCCAUGCUUGUGGUGGAUGACUCUGCAGCACAGGGAGAGACCCUGAUCACAUACAAACUCACCAUCCAUCGAGAAGACCGCCCAAGUUUGCCCUUGUUUGAGGACUUCACGGCAUGUGGUUUCACGCAGGAUUGUGGUUUGCUGAUUCAUCCAGAGGAAGCCUGUGGGUUACAGCCCAUUUCUUCUGACUAUAUUGAAGCCAUUUCACAGCCUGAACUAAAGAGUUGUCCAUCUGGGGACACAAAAGGCCAGUGGGUUGUGCCAUGCCUUAGUUGUUCUGACAACAGGACCUGUGAUUGGAGAGAAAUCACUUGGCAGCCCCACAACUGCCGACACGGUGUCCUCCUGAAGCCACAGCUGCAGCAGUGCCUCCGAGGAAGGAAGAUUCUUUUCAUCGGCGAUUCAACCAAUAGAGGCAUCAUGUACUAUCUGAUUGAAAGAGUGAAUGAAACAUUGCAGGAAUGGCAGAAAGUGCACAGCACUAAAUUGUAUCACAACGUCAAUGGUGGGGAGACCUUGAUCAGUUACUCUUACUACCCUCAGUUCUGGAUAAGCCCUUCCUUGAGACCGACAUUUGAAAAAGCGCUUGAACAUCUCUUACAAAGAUCACGUCCCCUGGAGAAUACGGGCCAGACUGUACUGGUUGUUGGUGGUGUUCAGUGGCUCAAUUCCAAUCACCUGCAAAUUAUUCACAAGGUUUUGAAGAGGGAAAACUUACUUAAUAUCCUAGUGAUCAUCAAAACUCUGGGAAUUGGAUUUCAUUUGCCCGUGGAUGGAGUGCAUUUCUUAACACUGGGUGAAGUACGGAACCUCUGGAAGGAAAAUUUGAUCAUUCUGGAUGCUGCAAAAAAAUACGGCUAUGAGGUUGUUGAUACGUUCACUAUAACAAUGGGGCGAUACAAAGAGUUUCUGCAGGGAAACUGUGGGUGUCAUUUCCACGAGGUAGUGAAAUCAAAAUUAUCCAAAGAAUAUAACUUUCUUCAAACGAAGAGAUCGAGAAAUCACAUCGUGGGAAAAUAUUUUAGCAAUCAAAGAGAACGGCAACAAGACUCUGUAACCAAUUUUCAAUCACCAUAUCAUGUCCGAGGCCCCAUAAACCAGGUUUGUUCUGAAAUUCUUCUCAGCAGAAUGUGUGGAAGUACAAGGAGAACGUAGGUGUCCUCCCGCAGAGCUGAACUGGAGUUGGAAAUAAGCCAAGCAUCCUGGAUGUUGGCCUACAAACCCACACUAGGCAUCACAUGGAACUUGGAUUGGCCAAUACACCUGUGCACGCCAGCACGUACAUGCACACCCAGCUAAAAAGAAGUCAUAUUUUCCACCAUCGUAUUAUAGUCAAGAUCUGAACUUAAAGAUCAGUUGGCUUUAGGGUGAAAGAUCUAGAAGAUUACUUGACA